AUGCAUCACAAUGUCUUCCCUGUGCUUCCCCCUCCUCGGCGCAGCGAGCAGUGGCUACAGGGAACUCCACGACCUGUGGAGAUGGUGGGUGGUGGACAGUGGAGGCGCAGUAAUGUGCAGGAAAAGCAUCCCCAGAAUCCUUUGGCUGCUGCCAAAGUUAACAUACAUCAGGGGAUUCUGUAUCAAAGUUUCCAAUAUUUGGCUCCACAAACACAAUAG